AUGCUGCCCAGCUCCAUCCAGAUUUCGGGGGAGCCGCUGUCAGGAGCCGAGGUGCGGGACAUCUGCCGCGGCCUGCGCGACAACGCCGUGCGCCUGCUCUCACUGCGCGGCUGCCGUCUCUGCGACCGCGACUUCGGCCGAAUCUGCCGGGCCCUAGCCGGGGCCACGUCCCUGGCGCAGCUCAACCUUAACCUGGGCGUCGUGUCCAGCCCCAGCCGCAUCAAGCAGCUGGCGGAGGCGCUGCGGACCAACCGCUCCAUCCAGUCCCUCUUCCUGCAUGGGAGCCCUCUGACAGACGCGGGGCUGGCCUUGUUGAAUCCAGCCCUGGCCCUCCACCCUGCCCUUGUGGCACUGGACCUGGGGGACUGCAUGCUGGGUGAUGAAGCCAUCAACCUCAUCUGUGGCCUCCUCCCGCCUGACGGGGCCAAGUCCGGCUUGAAGGAGCUGACACUGAGCGCUAACCCCGGCAUAACCCCUAAGGGCUGGAGCCGCCUCGCCAUUGCCGUGGCCCACAGUUCCCAGGUCCGCGUGCUCAAUCUGGACUACAAUCCCCUGGGUGACCACGUGGCAGGGAUGCUGGCUGUAGCUGUGGCCUCCAGCCGCACCUUAGAGGUCCUAGACUUGGAGGGCACAGGGCUCACCAACCAGUCAGCGCAGACCCUGCUGGACAUGGUAGAAAAUUACCCUACAGCUCUGCGGAGUCUGGUGUUGGCCGAGAACAGCAUUAGCCCGGAGCUGCAGCAGCAGAUCUGCGACCUCCUCUCUGAGGGGGAGGAGGAGGAGGAGGAGGUGGCAGGAGGGCCUGGCGACACCCAGGAACGAGAGCGAGCACGGCAGCCUGCUGCCCACCAGAGGGGCAGCAGCUCCUGGACAGGUCCCAGUGAUCCCAGCUCUCAGAUGGUGCUAAUGACAUCAGGACUAGGGGACAGUCUGUUGGCUGAGACUGAGAUGUGA